AUGAUGGCUAUGCACAUGUCCGGUAUGUCAAAUCAAGGAGGAAUGAUGAAUAUGACCCCGCUACAGCAGCAGCAGCUUCUUCAACAGCAGCAGCAACAGCAGCAGCAGCAACAACAGCAGCAGGCAUCAGGGAAUAAUAAUCCUCAACAAAUGUUGCAGCAUCAGCAACAGCAACCCUUAGUUCCAACUCAACAGGUAGCAGCAAAUCCAAGUAUGCCCAACCCAUCUGCCCCCCAUCCAACUACCGAACAACAAAAGCUUGAUCACAUUGCAAAAGUCAAAACACUUCUUUGGCCACUCAAAGAGAGCUUAAUAGCAAGUUUUAAGACAGCUGCUCAGAAUUUUAAUCAGAAUGGCAUGAUAGAUUUUGGAACUAUGAAAGGAACAGAAGCUAAUAUACUUCGCUUUGACAAACAGCUGGAGGAGUUCUAUUCCAUUUGUGACCAAAUAGAACUCAAUCUUCAAGCUGCCAUUGGGUGUGCCUCCCAGGUUAGCACCAGCCAACGACAUGUCCCAUCUCAAGUUUCUGUGGUAAGACAAGAACCUGUUGUUAGUCAGGAAAUCAUUUCUUAUCCCAACUAUGUUGGGGUAGCUAAAACCCAAGUAGCAUAUGUUAAGGAUGUAAUAGAUACUCUAAAUGAUGCUGCCCAGAACCUCUCUAAUGAUUAAACAAAUUAUCCGUCAUAUGACAAUUUGCUUUUCUUUUUUGUACUAAAAAUACAUUUGUUUGGUGAACUA